UCUUGAGCAGCGCCUCUGAAAGCCCACCAAACUGUGAUAUUGUCUCCCAGCGAAGCUCAUUUGAAAGUUGCCCUUGUGUCUAACUGGAGUCUUUAAAAGGCAGUGUACUGUAAAUCCUCUGCUUCUUGAGACUGCAAUGCCGUUCCUUACAUGGAUAAGAAAAAGCAACAUGAAGAAGCUGCCCAGGUUCUUGAAGUCUCUUUCUGGGAAGGAGCAGAUGACAACCUGGCACAUCAGCCACAAAUACACUACAGGCAUCCCAGGAACAUCUUCCCAACGCAUCCCAGAGAAAGGGCACAGUGUUUCAAUGCUGCAGCGUCUCAGCAACCUUUUGUUUUAUACCAUAUCGGAAGGACAGGAGUGUCUCCCAGUCCACAAAUUCAUUAAUACUCUAAAAGCAAAUGGCCUCCUCACUUCAGACCCGAGACUGAAAGACUGCAUGGACAUGCUGCGUCAAAUUGUACAAGAGUCAGUAGCAGGAGCUACCAUGGACCAAGAAGCGUUUCAGAAGUGUGUUCAGAGUAAUAUUGUACUCCUGACCCAGGCUGUCUGCAAGAAGUUUGUGAUUCCAGACUUUGAACAGUUCACAUUACAUGUUAAGCAAUUAUACGAGAAUGCUCACACCAUACAAAAAGGAGAGGUGGCAAACUAUAUUCCGCAGUUGGCCAAAUCUAGCCCUGACCGGUGGGGUGUGUCUCUAUGCACAGUAGACGGGCAACGGUACUCUAUAGGAGACACAGGUAUUCCAUUCUGUUUGCAGUCAUGCGUGAAGCCACUUAAGUAUGCCAUUGCUGUAAAUGACCUUGGUACAGACUAUGUCCACCAGCAUAUGGGCACAGAGCCCAGUGGCCACCGAUUCAACAAACUUUCCCUGAACCACCAAGGUAAACCCCACAAUCCUAUGGUGAAUGCCGGGGCCAUUGUUGUGUGUUCUUUGGUAAAGCCAGGUUCAAAUAAGGCAGAGAAAUUUGACUAUAUCAUGCAGUUACUGAAAAAGAUGUCUGGAAAUGAACACAUUGGCUUCAGCAAUGCAACUUUCCAGUCGGAGAAGGAGACAGGAGAUCGGAACUAUGCAAUUGGCUAUUAUCUGAAAGAGAAGAAGUGUUUUUCAUCUACAGUUGAUAUGAUGGCUGCCUUAGACCUUUAUUUUCAGCUGUGCUCCAUUGAAGUGACCUGUGAAUCGGGCAGUGUUAUAGCUGCCACUCUGGCUAAUGGUGGGAUCUGUCCUAUCACAGGAGAGCGAGUCCUGAGUGCUGAGGCAGUGAGGAACACACUCAGCCUGAUGCACUCAUGUGGAAUGUAUGACUUCUCCGGACAAUUUGCCUUUUAUGUAGGAUUACCUGCCAAGUCUGGAGUGUCAGGAGCUAUUUUGCUGGUAGUACCUAACAUUAUGGGAGUAUUCUGCUGGUCUCCUCCUCUAGAUAGAGUUGGAAACAGUGUGCGGGGAAUUCAUUUUUGCCAGGAAUUGGUCUCUGUCUUUAAUUUCCAUAAUUACGACAACCUGAAGUAUUGUGUUAAAAAACUGGACCCUAGAAGAGAAGGAGGGGAGGUACAGAAGACGACAGUAGUGAAUCUUCUCUUUGCAGCCUACAGUGGUGACGUGUCUGCCCUAAGAAGAUUUGCACUGGCAGCUGUGGACAUGGAACAGAAGGACUAUGAUUUUAGAUCUGCUAUACAUGUAGCAGCUGCUGAAGGACAUUUGGAUGUAGUCAAAUUCUUAGCAGAAGGUUGCAGAGUGAACCCAUUUGUAGAAGACCGGUGGGGAAACACACCUUUACAAGAUGCAACUCGAUUUGGCAGACAUGAUGUGGUGAACUUCCUUACAGAAUACCAGGAAUUCUACAGAAAAUGUCAAAUAGGAAUCAGAAUUCCAGAAGAACAGAUUAGUCUGGAGACAUUUAAGAGUAUGGUAUAGCUACAGUUAAAUAAAUGGAUCAAGUCCAAAGCUAAAGACUGUAUAACAAACAAAACAUGCUUACAUUCAAGGUGGUUGAGUAUAAAAACAGAGCCUCCUACUGCCUCGUAAUAGAGGUUCAUUUUAGAAUGCUCAACCAAAAUAGGAUGGUUAACAUUUUUAUAAAAAAAAAAAAAAAAAAAAAGCUGUGUGCAUUAGAAUCAGUGCUUAAUUGGCGCACAGGCUACUUCUUGUUAGGUCUAUGCAAUUCACUGCCUUCAACAGUCCCUAUAAAGUUCAUCAUAAAAGAAUCACAUUGAACCUGGUAUAGAUUAUUACACUUUAAAAGACGUCUUUUAAAUUAGGUCCUUUGCUAUGUUUACAAGCAAAUACAUAACGGAGCAAGACAUCAGAAAUAUAGUUUGCCUUGAGUCAUGGAAACCAGGUUCAGGAUAAUGUUGGGAGUAAAUAAGAUCAGUAAUACUGAAAGAGAUUUAAAAAAAAAAUAUUUGCUUAUGUUUAUUCAUCAAACAAUAUGUUUAUUUCUGAUAACAUGUCCAUAAUAAAGGAAGUGUUACUUGUUC